AUGAGCCAAGAAGAAUUGGAUGCUCGUGAGGAGGCUCGUUUGAGCCGUGCAUUGGCUGGAAAGGUUCCAAGCCAGAGCCAGACCAAGUCUAAUGGAAGAGUACAAUCAUGGGCUCCUGUGGUAACAAAGCCAGUUGCCACAUUGCCAGUGAACUACUCGGGCACUGCCACUGGAGGUGGUGUGGACACCGCCUCACCCUAUGCCAACAACGUCAACGUUCCAAUAUCCGAUGAGAAGCUACGCCAAGAGCAAGCACGUCUAAAGAAGUGGGGUUUGGACUCUGCCACCAACGGUGCCACCAAUGGAUCAUCAGUGGACCAUUCUCACUCUUCAAACGAGUCCACACCACUCGUGUCGCCAAGCACUCAUUCUCAGCAUGUUGACUCGACACCCAUCGUCUCAAACAUCGAUGGCACAACGAACGAGGAUAAGAUACGUCAGGAGCAGGCUAGACUUAAGAGAUGGGGAUUCAACAUUGCAGCGCCAACACCAACACCAACCAGCAGCAUCUACCCCAAUGGUACAACAUCAAACACAAGCUCAAACUCCAGCUCGAUCGUGUCCCCACCAGCAGCCUCAUCAGUACCAGCGUCACCAUUCGCCAAUGGACAAGCCAACCACGUGGCCUCGCAAUAUGGACUUGAUGUCCAGGUCGUGCUGCCCUACCUGACCAGGAUCAUAUCGGCGGGCAAGUCUGUCAAGUUAAUCCUCCACAAGAAGUCAUCCAACCACGACGUCGCCAUAGCCAUUAUGCUCGAUCUUGUCAAGGAGUCUGCAGAGUUUGGUCUGCAGCUGCCCAACGACCUACCCAUUUCCUUUGAUAUCUCUCAAGCCUCUGCUCGUCUAGCUGUUGCCGUCAAUGAGCUGGUCAAUGCCGGAGCACAUCAAGCCGACCAAAUCAAGAUCCAACACCUCUACGAAGACAUCCAAGCACAAGUUGGACUGCUCUACCUAGCUGUCACUGCAAACUAA